GCUGAAUUCAUCCGAAGCGGGCCGGUUGACCUUUCUCGCUGUAGGUAAUAUCGCGCACCUUGGAUGGGAAUUGGAAAAAACUUACCGUCGGGUGGUGCGAUAUUGUAUACAGUCGCUAAUCGUGUGCAUGCUAAUAAGGAACGUAAUAAACCUUACCGCCUGUCGUUAGACUCAGAUUAGCUAAUUACGGAGAUAGAAGAUAACAGAACUCGAACACAGCAAACUUGGGCAUCUGAUUUAUGUAUACGCCAUAUAAUUUGACGACAACGUCAUAAGAUGAAUAAAAUUCAAAAGAAAGAAAAGAAACCCAUUCUUUGUAUCAAAAAGCGCCAAAUUGUCCUCUCCGCUAUAGAUGUCCAAAAGUUAUUGGGGCUAACGUUUUUUCCUCAGCACUUCGCUAAAUGGCCGGAUUGGUGUUCAAUCAUCAAACCUUCGUUGAUCAAAAAUGUUGUCUUGAUAUUCGUUAGUAGAGUACAUACCGUCAAUUUAGGUGAAGAGCAUGAGCAAAGCUUUACCUCCAUUUUCGGAAAGCCCAUGAAAUUAUUGAGUCCAGAGGCAUAUAAGUACACAUGGGACAAAGAAAUUGCUAUGAUUCCAAGGAUUUUCCUCACAUCUCAUGCAGCAGCUAUGACAGAUUUACAGAAAUCAGUGUUCACUCCUGCUUCACGUGUUUGGAUAGCUGAUGCAAAGAAAAUUGAAACUAAUCGUUUACUUAAAGCAGUAUGCAAUAUUACUAAGGAAGAACCACCCCCUGAUAGUCUCCCUGAGUUACAGAAGAGCACUUCGACAAAACGGAAACCAGAUUCUUUUUUCACAUUACCACCACCAGGUACACCAGACGCAUAUGACAGAACUAUGCUUAUUUUAAGUGUGGAACAAAUGAAGACUGAGAAGAUUCCCCUGCCCUCAGAAUUAGAAGUCAAGCUCAAACAACAAAAAGACCGUUCAGAUUUUGUCCCAAGCAAGCCUCUAUUUCUUCCGGUAUCAGCAAGCAGUCCAAUGUAUGCAGUGGAUUGUGAAAUGGUGCUUACUAAAGCGGGAAGCGAGCUAGCUCGUGUAACUUUAGUUGAUGAGAGUGGUAAAGUUGUUUUUGACCGUCUUGUAAAGCCACCAAAUCCUGUUGAAGACUAUCUAACUAGAUUUAGUGGCAUUACCAGAGACAUGCUUGCAUCAAUCGAUACUACACUGGCAGAUGUCCAAAAGGAAUUGAAUGAGGUUUUGCCAGGUGAUGCUAUUCUAGUUGGUCAUUCAAUUGGAAACGAUCUAGAGGCGAUGAAAGUUUUUCAUCCAUACCUGAUUGAUACAAGUGUUAUAUAUAAUAUGAAAGGUAGUCGAUCAGCUAAAGCACGUCUUCGAUUUCUUGCUGAGCAUUUUCUUGGCCGGAUGAUUCAAACGGGUAAAGGAGGUCAUUCGUCAGCUGAAGAUGCCAUUGCAACUAUGGAUCUUGUGCGGUUGAAAUUAAGUCGAGGUAUUGAGUUCGGUGAUGUGACUACAUCUUGGCGUUUCCCAGAAGAUUAUAACUCACACUUAUACGUCAAGUCUACAAGAGUCAGUGAACCAAACAAAAACCAUUCUCGUGGUAGACUUGACAAAAUCAACACUACUACUGUGCUCAAUUCCAAUCAGGCAAUAGAAUCACAAAGGAGUAUACAUACACUAACAGAUAUGCAUUACUUAAAAGUUCAUAUUGCUUUUCAAGAUCAUGUAUUAAAGUUAUGCUCAUUGUAUAAAUCAACUGGUAGUCCUAUUCAUCUUUUUGAUCGUUUACUACAUGACUCUGGUAUAUCCUAUGCUUAUUGGCCUGUUUAUGGAUGUGUCAACGAAGAACAAGAAGAAAAGAAAGAAGAUGAAAUAAUGGAUAUAGCAGAAAAUGAUGCUCUGGACUCCUUGAAUUCAGAUUCAUUGAAUGCUACAAAUACUUCUAUUAUUGCUAUUGAUGAUGAUAAUGACAAUAAUACUGAUAAAAGGAAUAAUAGUAGUAUUAAUAAUAAUCAUGUUAAUGGUGAAACUAUUUCAAAGUCUUCAAUAGAAAAUAAAAUUUCAAAACAAUUCUUAAACUAUAUCCUUGAUUUGUGUAAUUCAAAGAGAUUAGUUAUGGCAAAAGCAAAUUGUUCACCUGAAUGGGAUGAAACUAAAUGUUAUCGUAAAGUGGCAAAAUUCUGUACAAAAUUGUAUUCAAGUCUAUCGGAGAAUAGUCUGAUCGGUGUAGUCUGUACAGGUUGUGAUUUUAAACAGAAACCCAUUACAAAAACAAAAUUAUCAGUGAAUAAAAUGUUAAAGUUAGCUCAACGUGAUUUCUAUGUGACAUUAACUUCUAAUAGCAAAACAACAGAUGCUGAUGUCGAUGAGAAUAAUCAAAUAUAAUUUUGUAUAUUUUUAUCAGUUUUAAAAACAUUGUCCCUUCUCUUUUAUUUAUUUUAUUAAAAUAAUCGUCUUGUAUCAUAAUUCAUUUUGUAUAUGAAUUUAUAUUCCUCUAUAUUGAUGUACAGAAUAUAAAUUGUGCCUUUAUCAGUAAACUGACUGUGUUGCAUAUUCAUUAUCUACCACCAGAUACACAGAUACAAUAAACCAUUUUUUUGGAAUUUUCUUUAUUCAUCUUGUAUACAAUAAUGAGCAAUAUGAACAAGUUGUUCAGCCUAUCUUAUCUUUAUAAUUUUAGUGAAUGUGACGAACUUUGUAUAUUUCAUGUUCAAGGUAUAUCAACAGUCACUAGUUUCACUGCAUUUCCAUAUC